AUGCCACACGCUUCAUCGUGGCGAUUCGGAAUCAUAUGGCGGCGGUGCCGGCAGCUGGGUGAAGGAUGUUCGGAUAGCGGGAUAGGUGAAAUAGCUGCGGCGGUGGAUUUGAUGGUGAGGAUUGCGCUGUCGUUUUGGAGGAAUUGUUGGGACCUGGAUUUGUCGGAGGUGAUUGCCGUUGAUUGUAUUGGCGGCGGCGUCGGCGGCGGUUCCGGUGGUGGUUCGCGUGGUGAUUUGUCGAAUUGUCGGAGGGCAAAAGUGGGGAACAGGAGCAGCAGUGGAGUAAAUGUAAAUGGAGUCGGAGAUUUGAUGAAGAUCAAGGUCGCAGCACGCCACAUUUCGUACCGCACGUUGUUCCACACCAUCCUGAUACUUGCUUUUUUGUUACCGUUUGUGUUCAUCCUGACCGCCCUCGUCACCCUUGAAGGUGUCAACAAGUGCUCCUCGAUCGAUUGUUUAGGAAGACGCUUGGGGCCAAAGCUUCUCGGUAGAAGCGAUGAUUCUGGGAGGCUGGUCAAGGACUUCAUUAAGAUCCUGAAUCAAGUGAACUCUGAGAAAGUUCCUGAUGGCCUGAAGCUCCCAGACUCUUUUAAUCAGCUUAUGGAGAGAUCGGAAAGGGAGAUGAGAGAGUCCAAAUUCUCUGAGCUAAUGAAUAAACACUUUGCAGCUAGUGCCAUUCCUAAGGGCAUUCACUGUCUCUCAUUGAGGCUAACUGAUGAAUAUUCUUCUAAUGCCCAUGCACGCAAGCAGCUUCCUUCUCCAGAGUUGCUUCCUCUGCUUUCUGACAACUCCUACCAUCACUUUGUGGUGUCAACAGACAACAUUCUUGCAGCUUCAGUUGUUGUGACGUCUGCUGUUCAGUCAUCCGAAGCCCCCGAAAAGAUUGUUUUUCAUGUUAUAACUGAUAAGAAAACUUACGCAGGCAUGCAUUCGUGGUUCGCCCUACAUCCUGUGCCUCCUGCUAUAGUCGAAGUGAAAGGUGUACAUCAAUUUGAUUGGUUAACAAGAGAGAAUGUCCCGGUCCUUGAAGCUGUGGAGAGCCACAAUGGGAUUAGGAAUUAUUACCAUGGGAAUCACAUUGCUGGAGCCAAUCUAAGUGAUACAACCCCACAAACAUUUGCCUCCAAGUUGCAGGCUAGGAGUCCAAAGUAUAUUUCAUUGCUCAACCAUCUUCGUAUAUAUCUUCCAGAGCUAUUCCCAAACCUCGAAAAAGUGGUUUUCCUGGACGAUGAUGUUGUAAUCCAACAAGACUUGUCUCCUCUUUGGGAGAUUGACCUUAACGGAAAAGUGAACGGAGCUGUUGAGACUUGCAGAGGUGAUGACGAGUGGGUUAUGUCCAAGAGAUUCAGAAACUAUUUCAACUUCUCUCACCCACUUAUCUCAAAGAACUUGAAUCCUGAUGAAUGCGCGUGGGCAUAUGGGAUGAAUAUAUUCGACUUACAUGCAUGGCGAAAGACAAAUAUUAGAGACACUUAUCACUCUUGGCUCAAGGAGAAUCUGAAGUCAAACCUCACAUUAUGGAAGCUUGGGACUCUACCUCCAGCGUUAAUAGCAUUUAAGGGCCACGUUCACCCUAUAGAUCCCUCAUGGCACAUGCUUGGGUUGGGCUAUCAGAAUAAGACCAACAUUGAAAACGUGAAGAAGGCAGCCGUCAUUCACUACAACGGUCAAUCCAAACCAUGGUUGGAGAUUGGUUUCGAGCAUUUAAGGCCGUUCUGGACCAAGAUCUCAGAUAUGUUGCAAUCCAUGAAAUGCAAAAUAUGGUUUGUGGGCCCGGUUUUGGAGGAAAGGAACUACAUGGCUAUGCUGGGCGUAAUGUGGGAUUCAUUCUUUUCGUCUGUAAAUCUCACUUAUGGCUUGGUGCUUAAAAAGGAAACAAAUCGUAUAAUCUGUUCUGAAGGGACAUCAUAUCUGGUGCAC